CAACUGUCUAACUUUAUACUCGUUCUAAGAAGGAAUUUGGCCAACCAAAUCUCCUAAAUGUCCUAAGAAAUCCUUCACUGAAACUAUACAACAUUCCUGUUUUUAAGGAAAAUUCCUGGUCUGACAUUCACUCACCUUUUUAAAAUGAUAUGAAUUUUAGAGUAUCUGCCGUAUCGUCGAAAUGACAUGACGUCGAUGCGAGACGAGAAACGUCAUCCAUGGAUGUGUUCUCAUGGAUAUGUGAUGAUUCGUGUGGAUAUGCGUGGUUCGGGAGACUCGGAUGGGUUAUGCUAUGGUGAAUAUGAACCACAGGAACAGGAUGACUGUAUUGAAGUUAUUGAUUGGAUUAGGAAACAGCCUUGGUCUUCUGGCAAUGUUGGUAAGAUUUGAAGAAUAGGCAGUCAGUCAGCUUGAGGGCCUGACUUGGGCUUGAACAGUGAACACAUAUAUAGUCUGUAUAGCUUCAUUGAGGAAUUACUUUGUAGUAUUAAUAUUAUUCGAUGAUCAGUUAACUGACUUCAUGUAAAUUAUUUCAAAUUAUCUUGAUUUCGACUUUUAACGACAGAACAUUAUACAACAUUUUAGAGAUGAGCCGAUAUAAAAAAGCAAGCGGCCAUAGGCGUACGAGACAGGGGAAAACCAUGGAAAUUCGGGCAAAUCCUAGAAAAAAUCAAGAAAAUUCGGGCAGAUUUAUCCGCAGAAAAUAGGUUAAAUUCAGGUAAUUUCUUUACAAUCCUCCGCAAAAAUUCGGGCAAACUUUCAACUCCCUCCCCCCCUGGAAAGCAUCAGCCCCGUACGCCUAUGACCAAGCCUGUUUCCGAUAUCGAUUGUUGAGGAGCCAGUACAUACAGUACCAACCAUCGGCCGAUUGAUCGGCAAAACUGAUGAUCAUUUUGUCAGACGCUAAAGUUUUGUGGCGUUCUCGUCUUUGUCUAAAUACUCACUUGUUUCGCAAUGAAAGAAUCACGUUUUUCUAUUUUAACCACAACAGAUCUAUAGAAUAGAAUAGAAUAGGAUAGGAUAGGACAGGAUAGGAUAGGAUAGGAUAGGAUAGAAUAGAAUAGAAUAGAAACUUUAUUUCACGAGGGAAAACGUAUUAACCAUAAAAGUUAUCUAACAUACGGCCCUCACACUAUUUUGAUAUUUACAGGCAUAAAAAGUAUUAAAGAUUACUACUAUUUACAUAUGAGAAAAAAAAAUUAGUAAUGAAUACAAUUACAAUUUAGUAAAUAUUUACAAUAUAUACAAAAUAGGUCUUCGAUAUGGUUAGUAAGGUGAAAAUUGACAUGCACGAAAGCAGUGUUUUCUGUGUUUGCUCUUUUUUUACGCAUGUCUGAAAAACUGAAAUUUUUAUUCUUUUCUUGAAAAGAUAUGCAAUUUGAGGAAAACUUAAAAUGCUUUUACUAUAACGUGACCAUAUGUGUAAUAUACAAUGUCAAUGAAUGUGAGACAACAAUAGUCAAUACACAAUAUACUUUUAGAAUUAUGAAAUUAUUCUGCAUUAUCACGGUCAAUCUUAAUCCAAUAAUUAUGAAUUAUUCUCCUUAUAUUAGGCAUGUAUGGCAAGAGCUGGGGUGGUUUCAAUGGACUUCAGAUAGCAUCGAGGAAUCCCGAGGGUUUAAAAGGGAUCAUAUCUAUAUACUCGACAGAUGAUAGAUACGAUGAUAACUCGCACUAUAAAGGAGGAUGUAUCACUCCUGCUCAGAUGUUGUCCUGGUCGAGUCAUAUGCUCACAUUUACCUUGUCCCCUCCCGACCCACAAUUUGUUGGUGUCAAGUGAGUUUUCAAUUGUGGAGAUAUGUGACUAUAUGUCCAUAUUACGAUUCCUGAAUGAUAUUGACAAGGAUUAAGUUUGGCUUAGGGUCAUCGUUUACAGCUAUAGAUGAUUCCAGUCUUCCAGCUAUUGACUAAAUUUUGAUAUAGGCAAGAAGAACAAAAUCCAUCACCACAGCUAGAAAUAGCAUGUUAAAAUUAGUAAAGUUGCAAAGGUUGGCUGCGAAAUAUUGUAAAAUGCGGAAAAUAUAGCCCUGCGAAAUUUGCAAAUUUUGUAUAGGGCCGAAAGUGGUGCAUUUUCCCACGCGUAAUACAAAUUAACACAAAAUCAAAUUUCGUAGGGCUAUAUUUUCCUCAUUUAACAACAUUUCGCGGCCAAACUUUGCAAUUUUACUAAUUUUAACAUGCUCUUUCUAGCUGUGCUGAUGGAUUCUGUUCUUCUUGCCUCAUGGAUCAAAAUUUAAUCUAUCGCUGCAAUCAUCUAUUGUGGUGGCAAUGCCGAUGAAAGUAUUCUUAUAGAGUAUUCCACCAAUUCAGUUCCUCACACAAUCAAAUUAAGUUGAUGAGUUCCUUGAAAACGUGAUGACUCCCGAAUUUUUUAGGAACAUUUCUUUUGCCACGACUGUGAAAUUUUACUUACAUAAGCACGAAACUCGCUUAAGCAUUGUCUGUCAAUUCAUUCAUCGAAUGAUUCUUCCCUCUCUAGAUGGAAAGAUAUGUGGUUGAAACGUUUAAAGCAAGCUGGAGAGCCCUGGGUGAACACAUGGACCUCACAUCAAACUAGAGACGAGUUUUGGAAACACGCUUCCAUUUGUGAAGACUACUCCAAGGUAAUGGAAGCUAUAGGCAGCUGCGUAUUGAGAUACAGAAACAUUGCAGUUCUUUUUAUAUUUUUCAGGAGACUUAUAAAGUUUAUCCAAAGUCAGGAGACUUAUAAAGUUUAAUUAAAGGACAUUGGCAAUAAAAAUUAAAAAUAGGUUGUCUCAUUCAGAAGAACUCUUAAAAUUAUAUAUUAAACUCUAUUACCGAUUUGGCAAAUCUUGCUUUAGUUCUCGAAAUAUUUAGACCGAAAUUAAUGAGCCGUCCGGCCAUCUUGGACUAAUUAUUGACCUCAUUAACUAUGGUUUUGAUGACGAUAAAACUACUCUCUAUCAUAUAAAACUACUACAGAAAUAACUCUAAAAUGACCGAGUAUAACAUUCCAAAAUUUGCUGUGUUGGUGUAAUGUACUCAGGUGAAUAAGAUGUUUGUGUGAUGUUACUCUGAGUGUAUAUCCACACCGGGCAGGCUUCAGUGAAAAAUAUGCCUGGCCACGGUGGGAUUCGAACCUACGACCUUUGGAUACUAGCCCAAUGCUCUGCCAACUGAGCUACGCGGUCAGGUCGGUUCGUGUAUGCGAUAUUUCGGAACUGAGUCUAGUUCCUUCGAUAUCAGUGUAAUCUAAUAAUUAUGGAAUCUGCUGUGUUGGUGUAAUGUACUCAAGUGAAUAAGAUGUUUGUGUGAUGUUACUCUGAGUGUAUAUCCACACCGGGCAGGCUUGAAAAAUAUGCCUGGCCACGGUGGGAUUCGAUCCUACGACCUUUGGAUAACAGCCCAAUGCUCUGCCAACUGAGCUACGCGGUCAGGUCGGUUCGUGUAUGCGAUAAUGGGCUAGUAUCCAAAGGUCGUAGGAUCGAAUCCCACCGUGGCCAGGCAUAUUUUUCAAGCCUGCCCGGUGUGGAUAUACACUCAGAGUAACAUCACACAAACAUUCCAAAAUUGUUUGAAAUGUUUGGCCUAAGUGCCCUUACUAAAUUUUACUUCCCUUAAAUUCUACUUUCUUUUCAGAUAAAAUGUGGUGUGUUCCUUAUUGGUGGCUGGCUUGACGGGUAUCACAACGCGGUGUUUCGUAUGGCUGAAAACUUGACAUGUGAUUGGAAAGCUAUGGUUGGUCCUUGGCCACAUGAUUGGCCAGACGACUGUGUUCCAGGCCCCAACAUAGCAUAUCUGCCGGAGUGUUUAAGGUUCUGGGAUUAUCAUCUGAAAGGAAUUAAAAAUGGUCUCGAUAAAGAACCAAGGCUUCGCUUAUACCUUGAAGAAAGUAAGUGAAUUAUUGAGAGGCAAUUUUUUAGACACGUUCAGAAGUCUUAAAGCAACAAUCCCCUUUUAAAUGGACACAUGGUCUCAAUGUUGAUUAUUAGACGACUGCCUAACUUUCUGAAAGUUACACCAAGUUCUUCUAAAUGAAUUUGGAAACAAAAAUUCAAGGCCGUGAAAAUCUUUGAGUUUAUAAAGAAGUGCUUGAAUGUCCUUAAAUUGUUCUUGCUUUAGUGGAUAUUUUCUGAAAUUGUUUGACAUUAAGAAUUGCACAUAAUGAUUUUGGAAAUUGAUUUUGUUCAUGUCUCACAAAGGCCAAAACUGUUUGAAAUUCAUUAAAAUUGCCGUUUGAACAGUUUAACGUCACUUUUUACUGAUUUCUAACACAUUUUAUUUUCAGUCCUUUAGUCUUUGAAUUUCCUGAUAUAGUCCUUGAAUUUAACUCUUCCUGACCCUUAUGAACCCUGUUACAUCCUGAUGGCAUUUUCUGUUACAAGCUGCCUGCAACUGCCAUUUUCUUAGAGUAUAUAUCCAUUACUUUAAUGCUUUAAUGCUUUAAUGAAAUACUCCUAAAACAGUAUUAUACUACACUAGGAGGAGUUAUAUAUACUGAAAAACUAGAUAAUAUUUAUUU